CCUCCACCACAACACAAGCAUCAAUCACAACCUCAGUAUCACAGUCACAGCACUGCAACGAUCACCAGCAGAGCUCGCUCUCUAGCCCACCAAGACCUGCGAGACCCCGAGAAAGAGGAGAAGGACAUGGCGGCGGCGGCGAAGGCGUCUUGGAUGGUGGCGAUGAGCGUGGGCGCCGUGGAGACGCUCAAGGACCAGGCGGGCCUCUGCCGCUGGAACUACGCGCUGCGCUCCGUCCACCAGGCCGCCAAGGCCAACGUCCCCAGCUUCGCGCAGGCCAAGAAGCUGGCCCCGGCGGCGGAAAGGAGGCGGGCGGACAACGCGGAGGAGGGCAUGAGGACCGUCAUGUACCUCAGCUGCUGGGGGCCCAAUUAGGCAUGUAUAGGUCCUCUGUUCCUGCCUCCAGCAACCGGGCUUGGCUUGAGACCUCGCCGGCCGGCCGGCGGCUGCUCCUGAUUGUAACAUGACGAUGAUGAAAAGUUUUGCCACUAUGUUGUAUAUGAAUGUGCAUGUUUCUGCUA